GCAACAGCAAUCAUUAAAUGGCAAUUGUAACGCCAUGGAACAACAACAACAGCAACAUCAGCAUGGACAACAAUAUCAGCACCAGCAACAACAACUACAACAGCAGCAGUUUCAGCAGCGGCAUAUGGAUGACUGUCGUUUGAUCAGUGGCAGCGGGUCAGGCGGAGACGGACAGGAUCGCCUAAAUGAUGCCGACAGUGUGGUGAACGGGAGCUGCGCAUCCAGCGAAGACUUGAAUCAGACAAACUCCAGCGAGCAAGGCGAGAAGAUCACAUCCGGUAGUGAUGAUGAAGCUCAAGAUGACAAUUGUUCAAAGAAGAAACACCGUCGCAAUCGCACAACAUUCACAACAUAUCAGCUGCAUGAAUUGGAACGUGCAUUUGAAAAGUCACACUACCCAGAUGUUUAUUCACGCGAGGAGCUGGCCAUGAAGGUCAAUUUGCCGGAAGUUAGAGUACAGUGUACGUAUAUGGAUAAUUCAAAUCUCGGCGGCACGGCUAAACAGUACUCGAUAUCAAAGUAA